AUAAAUCCUGAAAAAAAAAUUGGAACUAAAAAAAGGAAACAAUUAAGGUGUUUUGUCCGUUGUGUGAUUGAGUCCCAAGAAGAAGAGAUAGGUAUGGCGGAAACCAGAAACCUGGGAAAUCUCAUCUUCCUACGUGUCGUAACAACAGCUUCUCCACAAACCGCCAUCACUAACGUGGCCAUCUCCUCCAUCGCCUCAUCAUCGAUCCAAUUUCCUCCCAUGGCUCUUAUAAAUGAAUUCGGUUUUUCAACAAUCACGUAUAGAAAGCAAUAAAAUUCAAUCAAUAGAAGCUUGUUGAAUUGAAGAGAUCGAUGUCGUCGGAACAGCAAAGGAAGGAAUUAGACGAUCGAGCGAGAAGAGGGGAGACAGUGGUACCUGGCGGCACCGGCGGGAAAAGCCUCGAGGCUCAACAACACCUUGCUGAAGGGAGAAGCAGAGGAGGGCAGACAAGAAGGGAUCAGUUGGGAGCAGAAGGGUACCAGGAGAUGGGGCGAAAGGGUGGUCUGAGCACCGGCGAUCAAACCGGCGGUGGACGUGGUAAGACCGAUGAGGGAAUCGACGUUGAUGAGUCCACGGGAUGAGCCGAGGUGCCUGCGUUUUGUUGUAAUAAAAUGAAACAGCAUCAGGAGUGUGUGGUUUAGUUUAGUAAUGGGUUCGUUUUUAUAAGAAAAGAAAAAAUGAAUGAAGGUGAAUUUGGCGUUCAUUUCACCAUAUUCCAAACUUUUUUCAUAUAUGUAUAUAAAUCUAUACUUAUAU